AUGGCGGCCGGUCUUGAUCAGAGUGGGGUCUCAGCCAUCGCGUUAACGCCGAGACGCGCUUUGCUCGCGUUCCUCAUCUUGAUUGCAUUGCCAAUCUAUUAUUGUCCGCAAACGAAGACAUUCAACUUCAGCCAUUUUGCGCCUGCCAGACGCUCCUGUAUAUGGUCGACGUCGGUGCCAGUUUUCGAUUCUCGAAAGUUGGGUUUCUAUUCAGCUGUGCUGAGCCCAAUUGGAGCAUGCAUUACGUCUAUGGCUUCUGCAGUUGCGGAUAGGGUCAUGGGCCAAGCAGAACAACAGAAGCUGCACCCAUUCUUUGGACAGUAUACCAAACCUCCCCAGGCACCGGCCUCGCCGCUCUUACCUCCGAGCCAUGAAGCAGCAGUACCGCCAUUUUACCAGGAGCCUACGCCUAGUCAGUGUGCAUCGAUAGGAGACAGAGACGCGAAAUUUCAACAAGAAUUCUUACCAGCCGAACCCCCUCAAGAUAGUGGUCCUGAAGACGGCUUGGAUACACAUCGACGAAAGCGGUUAAAGACGUCUGUUUCGAUUACCACUCCUGAGGGAGCAAUAACAGCCCCUCAAAAUGAUACUACACACAGCGAUACUUCAGCGGCUCAGGAAAACAAAAAUUCAGUGUUACCUCCCCGAAAAAUACUGAAGCUGAACCUAAACGGCAAACUGCUGAGCUCCCCGCCUGUCCAGCAAACGGAAACCCCUCCUGGGGCAGCAAUACCAACCCCUCAAAAUGACCCUACACACAGCGACACUUCCGUGGCCCAGGAAAACAAGCAUUCUGUGUCGCCUCCCCGAAAAAUACUGAAGCUGAAUAUGGACGGCAAAUUGCUGAGCUCCCCGCCUGCCCAGCGAACGGAAACCCCUGGAACUAGAGGUAGACCGAAAAGGGCUGCGAAGAAGGAUAAGAGCAGGAUUGUUACAAUAAGUUAUAAAAGCAAAGUCAUUGGGCAAAAUAUUGAUACUAUUUUGGGGGGGUUGGAACGACACAAGACCCCCGCAAGCUCUGUUACGAAAGCUACUCCUGCGCCGCCUCCCAAAGCCACUCCCAAAACCACUCACCCGUUCUUUCUGAAGAGGCCUACCAGUCAACCGUCACGAGAAAUACCAUCAUCCACCUCAGAGAGUUCAGAGAAUAAGCAAGGUUCUCUAGAGCCUAAGCCGCAACAGCAAACUAAUUGGCCAAGUCAAUUUUCUCGCUCCCUUCUUCCUAAAUUUCCCGAGCCAAUCCCGCCUGUAUGGCCGCCCAGAGACCUCGCUCAUGUACGAGGGGUUGAGGUAGUCGCCUCGAAUACUCCCGCAGUUACGCUGCCAGAUCGACGGAAGAAUAAAGAGCGCAUUCUCCGUGUCAAUGACUCCGAGAACAUCUUGCUAGCCCAGCACCAGCAAGUGUGGAGCGAGAUAGAGGAGUCGUCAACGGCAGAAUUAUCGUCCUUGCGAUUACCAAGCAGAUCAGUUGUCAGUGGAUUGAGACUGCAGAAAGACUUAGGCAGCCAGCUCUCACAUGGCCCUAACUCGCAAAAUCAACAUGGGCCAGGUUACUGUGGUGAACCAGGGCGACAGCAUCCCGCCAUUGCUAAGCUUUACGCCUCGAUUGCUACUAACACUAACAUGACUGCUUUCGAUACCGGCCAAUGUGACACUGUUCAAUGGGCCCAUAAAUAUGCCCCUCUCGUUGCCGAUGAAGUGCUCCAGGCUGGCCCAGAAACACGCAUGCUUCGAGAUUGGUUGAGGCAUUUGAAAAUAUCCGCUGUGGAUACCGGAAAAACUGGCUCUGGAAAGAAGUCAAAACAUUCGACUGGUCGGAAAACGAAGCGGCGCAAAGUAGCUACGAAACUAGACGGCUUUAUUGUCUCCAGCGAAGAUGAAGCAUCCGAAAUGAGUGAACUAUCAGACGAUGACGAUGACGAACUUGCUGCUGAUUUUGCUGUUUCGUCCAAACGAACUGUGAUUCGAGUUGGCGAUUCCGUGGGCAAGUUUAAAAAGGGGGAGAACAGCCGGAUGACGAAUGCAUUGUUGAUUAGUGGACCGAAUGGCUGUGGAAAGUCAGCCUCUGUCUAUGCUGUUGCCCAAGAACUCGACUUUGAGGUUUUUGAAAUCAACAGUGGGAAUCGAAGAAGUGCCAAGGAUAUCCUAGAACGCGUGGGAGAUAUGACGCAGAACCACCUUAUUCACCUCGAAGGAAUAGAGAGGCAGGACGACGAGCCAAAUUUCGAGCCUCAGCAAAUCGAUGUCAAGCAAAACAAGCUAAAUGCCUUUUUCAACGCAAAAGCAACAAGCAAAGCUAUACCAAAGGCCACUCGACCCCGCAAGGACAGUGAUAAUGACAUCCCGCAAAAGAAACUAGGACCGGAGGGCGCCCGAUCACAAAAGCAAUCUUUGAUUCUCUUAGAGGAGGUCGACAUCUUGUUUGAAGAAGACAAGAAUUUUUGGAUGGGCGUUCUGGCUUUAAUCGGCCAAUCCAAGCGCCCUGUAAUAAUGACAUGCAAUAACGAAGAGUUGAUUCCGCUACAAGAUCUUUCAUUGCACGCAAUUCUCCGAUACCGACCGCCACAGCCGGAUGUUGCUGUCGAUUAUCUGCUUGUGCUAGCUGCAAAUGAAGGUCACAUGCUACAACGCGAAGCCGUAACAGAUUUAUAUUUCAGCUGCAAUCAAGACCUCCGAAAGUCUAUUAUGGAGCUUGACUUUUGGUGUCAGAUGGCAGUGGGCAGCCAGAAAUGCGGUAUUGACUGGAUACUUGAUCGGUCGUCACAAGGGGCGGGUAUUGAUGCAGACGGCGAAAAGCUCAAAGUGAUAAGCUUGCAGACGUACCAGCGAUUUAUGGGCUGGUUCAAUCGCGACCACAUGUUGACCAAGAACAGCCUGGCCAGGGAAACAGAGCUCUUACUCGAAGGGGUGAACUGGUGGCAGCUUGAGUUUGAUGCAGAGGAAGAAACCCCAGCUACUGCACGAACCACUGCCUCGAUAUCCACGACCCCAAAUUCCAGUGAAACGCAUCUCGAGCAGCUACGACAUGCAGCCACACUUGCAGACAACCAUAGUGCUUUGGAUAUUCUUGCUCACAGUUGGUCAUUGAACCAGAAAGAAGAUGACCUUGAUCCUAGUAUUCCGGAUCUUCCUAAAAACCAAAAAUACAACUACCAGGAGGGCUACCCAUUGCUGAAUGCCGCCUACAAAUCUGACUACACUGGUCUUUCUGCAAGCAUCGGAUCCACUGCUCAAGUGCUGUUGCAUAGCACUAUGUUUGACGAGAACCCACAAGAACUUGAAGCGAAUGCCAAGCGUGUUCUGGCGAGGCAAUCUCGCCCCAAAUCGAACAGCUUCUCUACCGCGAACUAUAUCAGUGCUUUUGAAUCAAUUAUGCAAAGCAAUGACUCGAUUCUUGCCCAUGCAGCUUCGUCAUCUGAAUCCGACGUGGCUGGAGUAGUUGAAGAUAUAGCUCCUUACAUUCGAUCUAUAAUGUCCUUUGAUCUACGUCUUGAACGGUAUCGUCUCCAGCUGAGCGGGAUAUUGACCCAAGAGCCAAGGAAUAAGAGGGUGAGAACAACGAGGGCGAGUCGGGCCGCUCUUGAAGGAGGAGACAAGUCCAACACCCGCCGGGAGAGGUGGUUCUCGCAAAACGCAAACCCCAAACAAAUCCUGGCAACGGGUUCCAGUGAAUGGCAAGACGCUCUCGUCCAGGCGGGACAUUUCUCUGUCACGCCGGCUGCGUUGGGAAAUACAAGCUCUAGCCAAAGCGACUCGGACAAUUCUGAAGGGGUAUCGAGGGUGGAUGUAUGA